AUGUCGCUAUUUGGCACUGAAGAUGGUGAGUUUGUUGCUUGGUCCAAGUCUGGUUUGAUUGCAUACCUCGAUUCCAGGUCUUCUCAUGCCAAUUUGUGCAUAACCUUUAUGGAAACGAUCAAUGGUACCAAUUGGAGACUUCAUCCAUGCAAGAGAUACGUUGUUCAUCCACAUUUGCUAGAAACACAAAGCCCCGCGGGUGCUUCAAGUAUAGUUGGAGGUGGCGGCGGUGGAAGCAGCAGGUCUUUUCAUAACCUUAACUCUGUUCACUGGAACAAUCUGUCGAGCCAUACGGGAGAGCAGCUCGCGGCGUGUGAUGAACUGGGAAACCUGACAAUAAUUGCUGCGGGGCAAAGUAUGGAAGGACAAGGUACGCUCGAUAAGAUGAUAGUCCUCUGUCAAGACAACAUAUACAAGACCUAUAAUUUGACUGCACCCUUGCAAGAAGUUAAUCCCGCUGCGAAAAUCUACCGGAAACAAGCCAAGAAAGAGGUUCAUACAACAAUCAUAGAGUUUAUGUGGAUCGGAACCCAGAAACCUGUGUUGACAAUGUUAGGCGCUCGCAAAGAUUCAACGACAUCUACUUUCCACAGCCAAAUUCAGCAAUGUCAACCUUAUGGACUGUUCCACCCAGCAUCAAUAAAAUCUGCGUUCAUAGCGUUAAGAAGGGGCGGGCAGCUAGAUUUCUGGUACCAAUUUUCCAACUCGAGGGACCACAAAAAGAUAUCCCUUCAAUUAAACGGUUCCCACGAGGCUCGGAGUAAACAAUUUGAAUGGUUCCAAAUGGGAGGCUUUGCGCAAAUGGAAGAUGACCAGGCUCUUUUGAUUGGUGCAUUCUCGAAAUUAUCAAAUAGUCUCUCAUUCUACAGACUACAUGUCAACUGGAACUUGUCCUCCCAAAACUCUAUGAAUGAUCCAUCUUUGAAAUUACAGCAUCUAUUGGAAAUAAAGCCCGAUUAUGUUGGCCCCCAGGGAGAGCUUUUAAACUUCACUAACUUUGAGCUACUCUCGCCUACACACGAUCGGCAGUCACCUUUGGAGCUGUUGAUGUGCUAUGAAGUUGCAGGUCUUAGCCGUUCGAUUGUUAAACGUUACAGCCUUAUAAAGGCUGUUCCAUCUGCUAUCUUAACUAUAGAAUUUGGGGUACUGAACACUGAAAUCCCUUCAUCUGGGAGCGAUUAUUCAUUUUCGGAAAACGAAGUCAUUACAUUUGACUCAGGAGUCACCGCGGCUAAAUCCUAUAACUCAGAAACACUUGUAAUUUUCAAGCUUAAAAAUGGACGGAUUGAAGUAUACAAUAGGAAAACGUGGAGAAAAGAAAAUCAUGAAUUCAACAAAAUUAACGCGUCGGCGUCACACGCAGCUACUUUAUCCUCUCCGUUUUGCACCGGUCUCAAUUUCCCGGAAAUCCCUCCUCCAGCAGUAACUGGAUGGUCAGAAAUAGCUCCCGCUUUAGGAGGCGUUCUCACGAAAUCUAGAUUUGAUGGCGAGUUGCAGUUUCAUCCCGUAACCGCUCCUGUGACCGAUGAUUCGCAAAACGACUCCAAUAUAGCUGCUGCUUUUGCUUACGCGUUUGUAUGCGCCAACCAUCUCCAAGCUUCUGGGGAAGAUCUGUCUAUUGCUAUCAAAACCUACAUGCUUCGAAUCCGACAACAAAGCGUUGCUCGUUCCGACGUAUUUCUCCGAGAAGUGAUCUGCAUAAUUUAUCACCUUUUCGGCCUAACUCCAGAUGCCUCAAAAGAAGUGAAAGAUAAGUUGAUAAUGAGCAGGCCUAUACAAAGAGCAAUGCUUUUACAACUUGAACUUGGUAGCUCUUUCGAUAACAGCAAUGUUUACAACAUGUCCAGAACCGCAAUGUCUCUUCGAAACAUUCUGUUUGCGUUCAAUGGCGUGUCUCGAAACAUCCAAGUUCUGAUUCACCACAGUGCUACCAUGAACUUUCAGCAAUCAAAUGGUAAGCUCUUUCAGUUUGCAUUCUCUAAACAGGACCUCAUAUACUCACUGAUACCUUGUGCCAAGUGGUUCGUGAAGCUAGUGACAUUCUUAACGCAGCAGAUGAUUGUGUUAGUUAAUUCGCCUCAAGACAAAGACAACACUCUUGUUCUCGGAAUUUUGAGCUCUAAGAUGACAAGGCAACUUCUGCUCUCAGUGCUAAGCGAAAUCAGAAAAAUAAUUCACCUAGUGACGAAGUUUCCAGAGACUGCAUUUCCUAUUCUCAACGAGUCGUCGAUCUAUCUCAGAAAGGUUCUCGGAGACUCACCUGUGAAUUUUGAAAAGUUUGAAACAUUCCUGGCUGACGUAAAUAAUAAGUUCACUUCACUAAGUGAGCAGCAAGCUCAAGGCAAUGCAAUGAAAGACUCAUACCUUAUUAUAGAAGGAGAUAUACCGGAGGAGAUUUCACACUUGAAAGAAUUCAUGCUGUCGUAUUCCAACACCGCUGUCCUAUCACAUAUUAAACCUUCAGAGGUUUACUUCUCUGAUACAAGAGGCUUACGCAUCUUUGCCUCAGAACUCUUCUCGGACUCUAUAUUCAAACUACUACAACCUCUCGAAAAGGGUCUCGUGGUUAAUAGCAAGGUCCUAUCGGAAUCAAUAUCUUCUAGUUCUUUUUGUGUGGCCGAGAGCGAUGACAUUUCUAAGGAUACUCUCAAAAAUCUGAAUGAGGGCCAAAAAGUUAAACGGUGUUGCAGAUGCGGUGCCAUAACUCGUGCUGGAUACACAGUAUCAAAAGACAACACUAUUGUACCAACAAGCAUCUCGACCAAACGAUGGACAAGUUUGUACCUGAAAACAUGCAUCUGCUCAGGGUUCUUAUAUGAGCUCUAA